UUCUUUAAGUUAACACUAGAAAAUGUGAAUUUCUGAACAUGGAUGCUGUUGGUCGCUCUGUUGUUGCAGCUACCCCUUCAGAUAAUAAGUGUCAAUGCACUGAACCCUUGUAGUGUGUGAAAGUGAAAGUCUGUAGAUAGCUUUACAUCCUGUCACGGUCAUUUUUAGCUUUGGGAAUCAAGUUUCCUUCCCCAUUGGAGCCUGCUUGCAGAGAGCGGAGUAAUGCCGUAGAUAUUGUUAACCCCUGAAGGUACUGAAACAAGAAUACUCCACUGAGGGGUCCAAUCGCACUUGUACCAGUGAUAGUGGGACUGCUUCAGGAGUCCAUUUCCACUGCCAAAAUGUGAGACUUAAUAUUCCUGUAUUUUGCAGGUCACACUUGUGUGUAAAUUAAGACUCUCUUACUGAAACAUGCGCUCAGAUUUGUCUUAAACAAGGUGGAAUGUUGCCUGCUGCCCUGUAUGGAGGUUCCAUCCUCUAUGUCCUGGUCAGGGUAUUUUGGUCUUGCUGUGUGGAGGUUCUAUCCUUUCUGUCCUGGUCAGGGUAUUUUGGUCUUGCUGUGCUGUGUGGAGGUUCUGUCCUCUCUGUCCUGGUCGGAGUAUUUUGGUCUGGUUGUAUUCACACUGUGCUGUGUUUGUGUUUCCAGCAGAAGGGCGGGGGGAGGCCGAAGGGGAAGCUGGGUGCCUCGGCGGCGGUCAAGCUGGCCGCAAACAGAGCCUCUGCGGGGGCGCGGCGAAGGAGGACACGAUGCCGCAAAUGCGAGGCCUGCCUGCGGACCGAGUGCGGGGAGUGCCACUUUUGCAAGGACAUGAAGAAAUUCGGGGGGCCAGGCAGGAUGAAGCAGUCCUGCAUCAUGAGGCAGUGCAUCGCGCCUGUGCUCCCCCACACUGCGGUGUGCCUGGUCUGUGGAGAGGCUGGCAAGGAGGACACUGUAGAGGACGAGGAGGACAAGUUCAACGUCAUGCUGAUGGAAUGUUCCAUUUGCAAUGAGAUCGUGCACCCUGGCUGCCUGAAGGUGAAGGACGCAGGCGGAGUGGUGAACGACGAGCUUCCCAACUGCUGGGAGUGUCCGAAGUGCAACCAUGCCGGGAAAACCGGGAAAGUCUACAAGCAAAAGAGAGGUCCAGGGUUUAAGUACGCCUCCAACCUGCCUGGAUCACUGCUGAAAGAGCAGAGAGUGAGCCGGGACACCAAGGAGGAGACGGAGGCUGCCGCUCCUGCCAAAAGGAAGGUGGAGUGCGAGGAGACUCCCAAACGCAAAGCCCAAGAGGAGCCAGCCAAGAAACGAGCGCCUGCAACGCCAGACGCCCUGCCCAGGAGGAAAACGGAUGAGGGGCCGCUGAGGAGGAAGAGGAGGCAGUUUGACAAGAGCACGGAGCCCAGCAUCAGGAAAAAGAGGAGAUCUUGGAAGACCCCAGACGACCGCGCGCUGAUCCCCAAACCUCUGCGGCAGAUCAAAACCGAGCCGGAGGAGGAGGAGGAGGAGGAUGAGGAGGAGGAGGAGGAGGAAGAAGAGCAGGGGGACGUGGAGAGGGAGGAGGAAGAUGAAGGCUGCGGGGAUGGAGGGGGGGAUCUCUCUGAUCGCACCCUGAAGACGAGAGAGAGCGACCAGUCCCGCUCCAGCUCUCCGCAGGCUGGGCCCAGCAGUGAGGGAGGCAACGAGCCCCAUGAGAAGGGCAGGCUCCGGGCGCGGCGGAAACGCAGGCUGGCCAACAAGGAACUGAGCAAAGAGCUGAGCAAGGAGCUCAACCUGGAGAUCCAGAAGACGGAGGACUGCCUGGCCCACGAGAACUGCCAGGCACUAAAAUCAGAGCCGGAUAGCGAGAACGAAGAGCCCAGGAGGAAUAACGGUGCCAGCAGCAGGAGCGAGCGGCUGCACAGGAGUGCACGGGAGAACGGGAACACGAGGGAGCUGAGGAACCAUCCCCGACUCCAGCAGCUCUCCCCCCCCAGCACUCCCGUGUCUCCCCGCCCCCCCUCCUCUCACUCCCCCCCGAAGUGCAUGCAGAUGGAGCGUCAUGUGAUCCGGCCGCCGCCCAUCAGCCCUCCUCCUGACUCCCUGCCUCUGGAAGACGGGGCGGUGCAUGUGAUGCGCAGGGAGGUGUGGAUGGGCGUGUUCGGGUACCUGUCCCACAAGGAGCUGUGUGUCUGCAUGAGAGUCUGCAAGACCUGGAAUCGAUGGUGUUGUGAUAAGAGGUUCUGGACAAAAAUCAAUCUGAACCGGUGCAAAUCAAUCACUCCUCUGAUGCUCAGCGGCAUCAUCAGGAGGCAGCCUGUGACCCUGGACCUCAGCUGGACGAAUAUAUCAAAAAAACAAUUAAGCUGGCUCAUUAAUAGAUUACCAGGUCUGCGGGUGCUACUGUUAUCAGGGUGCUCCUGGGUGGCAGUGUCAGCACUCUGCACGUCUAACUGCCCCUUGCUGCGGACCUUGGACGUCCAGUGGGUCGAAGGGUUAAAAGACACUCAGAUGAGAGACCUGCUCUCUCCCCCAACUGACAACAGACCAGGUCAAAUAGACAAUCGGAGUAAACUGAGGAAUGUUGUAGACUUGCGUCUGGCGGGAUUGGAUAUUACGGACGCUUCACUUCGUCUUAUAAUCAGACACAUGCCUUUACUUUCCAAACUGGAUCUCAGUUACUGUAACCACAUAACUGACCAGUCUAUUAACAUUCUAACUGCAGUGGGCACCACCACUCGGGAUUCCCUAACAGAGAUUAAUCUGUCAGUUUGCAAUAGGGUUACUGACCAGUGCCUGACCUACUUCAAACGCUGUGGAAACAUCUGUCACAUUGACUUGCGGUACUGCAAACAAGUGUGCAAGGAAGGCUGUGAACAGUUCAUAGCAGAGAUGUCUGUAAGCGUACAGUUUGGACUGGUAGAGGAAAAACUACUGCAAAAACUGAGCUAGUUAGUAAUGGACAUUUUAUAGAUUAUAAAAACAAAACUGGAAUCAUUUCAGAUGGUGCAGCAGCACAUGCAAGCUCUGAAAUUCAGUUACGUUUUAAACUUCUCUGGAUUAUUCACGUAUUGAGCGAGACUUUUUUAAAAAAAAAAAAAAAAAAAAAAAAAAAAAAACUAAACUAAACAAAAAAACCCCAAGUGUUUUAGUUGCAACUGAAGAUUCAAGAUCAGAGUUCAUACUAGUCUACAUUGUGGAUAUUAAACACGUUUAAGGAAAUGGAUUCAUACCGUUGUACUGUCCAAGUUUCAGAUGGGCUUUACAGAUUGUACAGACACUGGGCAAAACUUGGCUUUGUGGAGUGAAUGUCAAUAAAAGCAUGUGUUUUGUACUGUUAAGAUUUAAUCUUUUUAAGUUGUUUAAAAUAUAUAUAUAUAAUCUCUCAAUGUGUCUAAACAAAAAAGGACCACAUAGUGCAGUCAUUUUUUUACCUUGUUUUAUUAAUGUUUUGUUAUAAUAUAAACCUCAUGCAGAAAUAUUUUUGUAUUAAAAAAAAA